AUGAAACUAGGAACAAGUGGUUCAAGAUUUGAGGCAAACGAAAAAGUUCUAUCUGCGUCAUUUAAAAUUUUACAAUUAAUCGCAAAAUCAAAGAAAUCACACACAAUUGGUGAAAAUUUAUUAAAGCCUUGUUUACUAACUGCCGUAGAAGAAAUUUUAGGUGCAGAAGCUAAAAAGAAAAUUCAAGAAAUUCCAUUAUCGAAUAAUACUGUGAAAGAUCGUAUUGAUAAAAUGUCUUUCGAUAUCGAAGAACAAUUACUAUUACUGGUUUUUGUUCGAUUUUUGGACAACAACAAUUUAAUAAAAGAAGAGCUUUUAUUGUUACAAGAAUUGAGUACUACAUCAAAAGGAAGUGAUAUACUGAAGAUAAUAAAUGAUUAUUUUGAAAAGCACGACAUUAUGUGGGAAAAGUUAGCAGGUUUUUGUACGGAUGGUGCUCCAGCUAUGUUGGGAUCACGCUCAGGCCUAGCAACGUUGGUGAAAGAAAAAAACCGUAAAGUAUUGACAACACAUUGUAUUAUUCAUCGACAAGCAUUAGUAUCAAAAACAUUACCUGAAGAACUCCAAUAUACUUUGAAACAGGCCAUAAAGUUGGUAAACAUCAUCAAAACUAGUGCACUGAAUACUCGCAUUUUUAAAAAAAUAUGCUCGGACUUGGACUCUGAAUAUGAAACUUUACUUUUUCAUACCGAAGUCCGAUGGCUUUCGAAAGAAGGUUCUGGAAAUAAUAAACUGGAAGGCUCUGCAAAUAUAUCCAUAUUUGAAGAUAAACUUCGAGCGUUUAUGUGUAAAAUUGAUUUGUGGAUAAGUAAAGUUGAGAUGAAUAAUUAUUCAGCGUUUCAAACACUGAAAAGCUUGGUUGAUAACGAAAAAUAUGCUGACCUCGUAAAUGAGGUACAGCAAAACGUUUUACAACAUUUGAAAAAACUUAAAAAUGAGUUUAAUCGUUAUUUUCCAGAAUAUAAUGAUUUGGAAACAAAUGGUAUACGAAGUAUGAUUCGAAACCCUUUUAUCAUUAAAAUCAAUGAGGUACCUGAUAAUAACCAGGAAGAUUUGAUAGAGUUACAAAACGAUCGAAACUGUAAGGAUACAUUUGAAUCUGGCAUGAAUAUCGAAGAGUUUUGGUGUAAAAAAGCGAUUACGUACCCUAAACUUCGAGAAAUUGCAUUAAGAUAUUUAGUCAUGUUUUCGACAACUUAUUUGUGCGAACAAGGAUUUUCUGGACUACUCUACAUUAAAAAUAAACAGAGAAAUCUGUUGGACCCCGCUAAAGACUUGCGUGUAGCUUUGAGCAGUAUCAACCCAAGAAUAUCUUUGUUAGUGAACGAAAUGCAAGCACAAAAAUCGCAUUAA